GGAAGUCUAAUCAGGGCAGGCCCUUCACAGUGAACAGUGAGGCCAAGAGGAACGUUGUAAGCGGAGGAAUCCAGGAGUACAAGUACAUGGUUCCCUGAAAGUGGCAUCGCAGGUAGAUAGAGUGGAGAAGAAGACUUUCGGCAUAUUGGCCUUCAUCAGUCGGAAUUGAGUAUAAAGGUUGGGAUGUUACGUUACAGUUGUACAAGAUGUUGGUGAGGCGCACUUGGAGUAUUGUGUUCAGGUUUGGUCACCAUGCUAUGAAAAGAUGCCAUUCAUCUGGAAGUGCAGCGAAGAUUUAUGAGGAUGUUACCUGAGCUAAUAGGGAGAGGUUAGGCUAGGGCAGGCUGGGUCUUUGUUACUUAGAGGGUUGAAGUCUCGGAGGUAAUUUUAUUGGGAUGUAUAUCAUGAGAGGAAUAGAUAGAGUGAAUGAACAUUCUUUGUUCAAGGAGAAAGGAAUCAAGAACUAGGGGGCAUACAUUUGAGGUGAGAGAGAAAAGAUUUAAUAGGAGCCUGAGGUGCAACUUUUUCAGAUAGAGGGUAGUGGAUGUACGGAAUAUUUGCCUACAUAGUCACGGUUUUGAUAUGAAAGUCAGGAAGUCACAUUGCAAUUGUGUAAAACUUUGGUUAGGCCACAUCUGGAGUACUGUGUGCAUUUCUGGUCACAACAUCACAGGAAGAAAGUGGAGGCCUUGGAUAUAGUACAGAGGAGGUUCACCAGGUUGUUGCCUUGUUUAUAGAGUAUUAACUAUAAGGAGAUGUUGGACAAACUUACAUUGGCAAAGGAUAGAUUGUCAAGUUAUUUCCCAGGUUGGAAACAUCAAAUAUUAGGGGGCACAUUUUUAGGGUGAGAGGGGAAAUGUAUAAAAGAGAAUUUCAGGCAAGUUUUUUCUUUACACAGCGUGGUAGGUGCCUGGAAAGCGCUGCGAGGGGAAGUUGUGGAAGCAAAGCUGAUAACAUUUAAGUGGCAUUUAAACGGGCACGUGUAUAACAUGAAUGGAGAGACAUCGACCAUUGGCAGACAGAUGGGAAUAGUUUGAAGUUACAUCACAGUCAACACAGACAUUAUGGGCUGAAAGCCCUCUGCUAUCUAUAUUUUAUGUUAGACUGGGACUUGCCUGAUCUCAUUCUUAAUUCUACAAAAUUAUACUGCAUUAUUGUGUCUGUUUAGUACCUAAGGCGAAGGGAAGUGCAGUGGUUCCAUUUCAAAAAUACUCUAUAAGCACAUGCCUGUGGUAUAUUCAUUUCAUAACAUAAUAGUCUCUUUACGUUUUGUAUGGAAACAAAAAAUGUUAUCACACUUCAAGAAAUUGAAGAACAAUAAAAUUAGUUGCUAAUAAAAUUAGCAAGCAAAAAGGACAGUUUCCAAAAUAGCAGCAAUUGAAAGGUCUCUGAGGAUCAAUUUCAGUAGUGCAACUUUUGAAUGUCAAACUCUUGCUUCUGUGGUAUUCAUUGUGCUAUCCAUUUGCAGAAAGUGUUUCUAACAUAGCAAUGGAAGGUCUUGAAGUUGGAGUCAGAAGGGUGACUGAAAUACGAACACCGAGUUUAGGGUACAGGAUCCAAAGAAGCAGAGCUAAAAAAGAAAGUCAAGAAGCACAUUGGUCAGAGUUCAGAAGUCCAAGUAUAAAUCAUAAACCAAGGAGAAAAUCUGUAACAUUCUCAAAUGUCAUCUCAAACGAUAAAAGUAAAACAUCUCCAUCAGCUGAAAUAUAUAGUUUGCACAUGGGCAAUGGAAGAGAUGGUGAAGAGAAGGACAAACCUGCCUGUUCAAAUAAAGAAGAAACAAUAGUGAUCUCAGAAAUGAAAGAAGCUGUUCAUUUUCCGACUGGACAUGAAAACCAAGAAGUGGAGAUCACUUUAAAUAAAUGUGCAGAUUCUGUGCUGGCACGUGUGGCUGUGCCACAAGAUAAUUGGGAAGUGACAGAGAGAUUUCAUUUUGCAGAACAGAUGAAGCCAAUUGAACUUGAUAUACCUAUUAAAUCAGAUACCCCAGACUUGCAAACCAUUUGGGACCAAGGCAGCACUGCUGAUAUUCAGACCAAGCCUCUGAAAGAUCUGCAGAAUGAGAACAUUCAAAAUGUUACCAUGAAGAGACUACGUGAAAUACGGUUCAGCCCAACCACUUUCAAGCGAAUAAAUCUUUCAGCUAGUGAUCUAUCAGAGCAACAUUUUUUUUCAAGGUAACCUACUACAGGAGUUACAUUUUGAAACAAAAGGUGUUGCAAGUGGUCACCCUUUAAACAAAUGUAUUAAUUUGCUCUUAUCAAAACUUUAAAGUUGUGUCCACCUUGUAUGAAUGUGAAAAAAUAUUUGUGGUUAUAA